AACAUGCCAAUCAGGAGUAUUGGCCCUGACAAAGUUAUGUGCUCAGGCUGUAGAAAAUAAUCUGCCUUGACAAUGAUGAAUAUUACUGCAAUAUCAAUUAAACACAUCAUAAACUACACAGUGUUUACAACAGAAAACUACACAAAGGAAGAUUACCACCAGCAACGUUCUGCCAAGAAAAUUUUACUUGGCCUGGCCUUAGCCUUUUUAUCUUUACUCACUGUCAUCAUGAAUGUUUUGGUGCUAUAUGCUGUGAAAAGUGAGAGAAAACUGCAUACUGUUGCAAACAUGUACAUAGUUAGUCUAUCUGUUGCAGAUCUGACAGUGGGCAUGACAGUCAUGCCCCUUAAUAUUAUGUACAUCUUAGAAAACAAAUGGAAACUAGGAAGAAUGAUUUGCCAGUUUUGGCUUUCUAUGGAUUAUAUGGCUAGCACAGCUUCAAUUUUUAGUCUUUUUAUCCUAUGUGUGGAUCGUUACCACUCAGUUCAUCAGCCAUUGAGAUAUUUGAAGUAUCGAACCAAAACCAGAGCUGUUGUGAUGAUUGCAGGAGCAUGGCUUCUUUCACUGACUUGGAUCAUCCCCAUCUUAGGAUGGCACAUCUUUGCAAAUGGAGGUAUCAGGUCUGUGGCAAACAAUAAGUGUGACACUGAAUUUCGUUAUGUCACCUGGUUCAAAAUUCUUACUGCAAUCCUAAACUUCUAUGUCCCAUCUAUACUAAUGCUAUGGUAUUAUACGAAAAUUUAUAUGGUUGUAAGAAAGCACUGCCGACAACGAAACAAUAUCGGGGGACCUAUGUGCUCAGGCAUUGACAGAAAAAAUUUCAAAGGGAAUGUGAAUCUAUCAUGGCACAAAUGUGAAACCUGUCUGAACCAGCAAGGCGAAAAUUCAUAUCAAGAACUCCCAACUACAGAAGCUAAAAAUACAUGCAAACUUUCACAGUGCAGGUUUAACUGUUCUGACUUAAAACAAAUCAAAAUGCCUUCUACUCUAGUAGGUAACGAGAACAUCCCAGCUGAAAAUAACCAAGACAUUGGUGCCUUUUCUAUUUCAGCAUCAAUGCGACAAAUUUCAACUGACUUUUACUAUAAGUCGUUGUCUCUCAAUAAGGCACAAAAUCAGCAUGUGGAACCAGACUACAGACCAAAUUAUUUUGUGGCCUCAAAAGAAAAUCUUACCCUGGAUAAUCCUGCUGUUACAGCAAAACUAAAGUGCUUUCCUUUAAGUGUUCAGUACAGACAGCAAGGUAGUAACACUCAACAAACAUACGUGAUGAUGAAAGAGCAUAAAAUGGUUGCAGAGGCUUCAGUUGAUGACAAAUGCAAACUAUCAGAUAUCUCUGACAUACAAACGUUCAAUAAGGUGCUGCUUCAGUUUGGUUCUAUGCCUUGCCCACAUCCAAAAGCAACAUCUUGGGUCCAUGAAUCUGAAGAAACUAUAGGAACAGACAGUAUUAAUCAAUUGAAGCAAUCAUGGCAGAGGUUUUUCUCAUGCUCUGUGCAGCACGUACAACGCUUUCUCAUAGUAAGAGAAAGAAAAGCUGUCAAGCAAUUGGGUUUCAUUGUGACAGGGUUCAUGGUAUGCUGGAUCCCCUACUUUGUGACAUUUACCGUAAUGGCUUUCUGUGAUACAUGUGUCAAUCACAAUUUACAUAUGUUCACAAUAUGGCUGGGUUACAUUAAUUCAACACUUAACCCAUUCAUCUACCCUCUGUGUAACAAGAACUUUAAGAAAACAUUCAAAACCAUUCUUCAUAUUCAAACUUAAUUUAUAACUUGUGGAUCACUGGAUGUGAGCCAAACAUUGCUUUGGAAAAAAAUCCCCUUUGGUUUCAUUUUCAUAGCCAUGAAAACUUACUAAAUUGAAGAAUGUUAAUUUACUUUAUAAAAUUUUAUUAAUUGAUCCAGCAAUUCUUAAAAAUUUUAGCAAAUCAGUUGGUCAGAAAUACAUGAAAAAUAUUUGUAACCAUUUCCACAAUUCAUCAGUGUAAGAUGAAGCAAGUAACUUCUGGAAUUAUAUAGCUUAUAUGAAAAAUGUCAUAGUGCCAUUUAGUUAACCUACAAAUAAAUCGACAUAAUGGCAUUAGCCAUAAAAUAUAAACAUUGCUGAGGGUGAUUUUUCAACAUCAAUGUGAAGGAUUAAGAGAUAAAUAAAUACAAGAUAAAUAUAAAAAUCACAGAUUCUGUGUACACCUUAGCAUUGUGAGAGAAUUGUGCUGUGUGCAUUUAGACAUGGCAAUAUCUUGUACUUAAGUUCCAAAAAGUGCUAACAAAUAAUUUUUUUUUAUUGUCUUGAACUGAAGCGGGAAUAUUGUAAAAAUUAUGUUGCUAUUUAUUGCAUGGUAUAGCUUUUAAUUAAAAAGCAAAAUGUUUUCUUUUCAGCCAUAA